AUGACUGAAGCCAAACAAGAUUUAAUAGAAUUAUCAUCAAAUCCUUUAGAUGUAUGGAUAAAUACACAUUAUGAUGAAUUGUGUGCAGGUAUGACGUGUGAAAAUGCUCUAUUCUGCAAACCAUCAGACAUGAAAGACAAAAACUUUCAAAUGAGUAUUAAGGAUAAAUGUGAUAGGAAACAUAGAAGAAUAGACGGUAAACAGACAUGGUAUUAUGUUUUGAAAGAAGAAAUGAAAGGAUUAUAUAAACAGGUUGAACCAAACGAUAAUGAGGAUUCAUUUACUGACGAUGAAAUACCUGUAAAUGAGCCGCUAAGCGGCGAGACCUGA